ACUGAUCUGCAGUCUGCAGCUUAUUGUAGCUGCAAUGAUAAAGUCAUAUGACCUAUUUAUUUGCGUGUUACGUACCAAUUAUUUACUGGAAAAUGAUAAAUCAUUGCGACGCGUUCUUUUGUAUCAUAAGUAUCGCAUAACGAAAUUAUAUCGUAUUAGUACAUAUGUGCGUAUUAGUCGCGUUCUUUUUCCGCAAUGAUUGUAUUCGUGCGUAUGUUAUUUCAAAAGCGGCAAGCUUUAUCAUCGAUACUUAAAAAGUGAGGUUAAUCGAUGACAAUAAUAAAUAUUGAGCUGGGUAUCGUCAAGAGGAAUGCCGAAUGAUUAACUGAUUGACGUAUUUUGCUAAAUGCGAUCAAUCUAAUCUAAUUUAACUGAAAAGCGAUUUAAAACUCAGUUAAUUUGCGUAUUCGGGAUAAAAAUAUCGACUGGAUAAAAAUGUAUUCGUAUGGAUGGAACAAAGAAAUAUGCGAGCCGGAAUUUGUACGACAAGAAACGAAAAAGAUAGAGCUAGGAGAGAAAGGCUCCGGCUUUAGAUCACGAGGAGCGAUCCAAGAUUUUAACUCGCUGAGACGAGAAUGCCUGGCAACAGGACGUUUGUUUGAGGAUCCUGAAUUCCCAGCCGACGAUUCGUCGCUAUACUUCUCCCGUAGACCGGAUAGAUACAUAGAAUGGAAACGACCAAUGGAAAUUGCGGACAAUCCUCAACUUUUCGUGGAGGGUUUCUCAAGAUUCGAUGUUCAACAAGGAGAGUUAGGAGAUUGCUGGUUGCUAGCCGCCGUAGCGAAUUUGACAAUGCAUUCCAAUUUAUUCUUUCAAGUAGUACCAGAAGAUCAGAGUUUCGAAGAAAAUUAUGCUGGAAUCUUCCAUUUCAGAUUCUGGCAAUAUGGCAGAUGGGUCGAUGUCGUGAUUGAUGAUCGAUUGCCUACUUGUCGCGGAGAAUUGGUAUAUUUACAUUCGGCUGAAAGCAACGAAUUUUGGAGCGCUCUUCUUGAAAAAGCUUAUGCGAAACUUCACGGCUCUUACGAAGCAUUAAAGGGUGGCACAACUUGCGAAGCUAUGGAGGACUUUACUGGUGGAGUGACGGAAAUGUAUCAAAUGGAUCAAACACCACCAAACUUGUUUAAUAUAUUGUUGAAGGCUUUUGAGAGAAAUUCGUUAUUAGGUUGCUCCAUUGAGCCUGAUCCAAACAUAGUAGAGGCUGAAACACCCCAGGGUUUGAUACGCGGUCACGCAUACAGCAUUACUCGUGUAAAGCAUGUAGAGAUUCAAACACCGAACCAGUUUGGUACAAUACCUCUCUUGAGACUUCGAAAUCCUUGGGGAAACGAAGCAGAAUGGAAUGGACCUUGGAGCGACCAAUCACCGGAAUGGAGAUUCAUCCCCGAUCACGAGAAGGAAGAGCUUGGUCUGACUUUCGACAUGGACGGCGAAUUUUGGAUGUCAUUCCAUGAUUUUACACGCCAUUUUACUCAACUCGAAAUAUGCAAUUUAAAUCCCGAUUCCUUAACUACAGACGAUAUUGACGCCGGGAAGAAGCGCUGGGAGAUGAGUGUAUUUGAGGGAGAAUGGGUGCGCGGUGUAACAGCGGGUGGUUGUAGAAAUUAUUUAGAGACUUUCUGGCACAAUCCGCAGUAUCGUAUCACAUUAGAGCAUCCAGAUGAAGACGAUGACAAAUGUACCGUAAUCGUCGCCCUGAUGCAAAAAAACAGGAGAGCUCAAAAAAGAAUGGGUGCCGAUUGCCUUACUAUCGGAUUCGCGAUAUAUCAUUUGGAGUAUCCAGAAAGACUACCAAAGCCGCUAGACAUAAACUUUUUCAAAUACAAUGCAUCUGUCGGACGUUCACCGGCAUUUAUAAAUUUACGAGAAGUUACGUGUCGUUUUAAAUUACCACCGGGCGUGUACUGUAUAGUUCCAAGUACUUUUGACCCAAACGAGGAAGGUGAAUUCUUGCUAAGAAUCUUCUCUGAAAACAAGAACAAUAUGGAAGAGAAUGACGAAGAAGUUGGUAUCGGAGAAGUCGAUGAUAGGGUAAUUAACUCUGUGAGCGAUAAAGAGGAGCAUGAAGAUAAUGUUCGCGACGAACCCGAACAAGACCGCAAUACCGAAAAAGUUAGGGAAUUCUUCAAGAAACUUGCUGGUGAUGACUUGGAAGUGGAUUGGAUGGAACUCAAAGAUAUCUUAGAUUUUGCCAUGAAAAAAGAAUUACUGCAGUUGGCGCAUCAUAACGAGGCAUAUGGCCCUGAAACUGUUGAAGGAAAUGAUUCAUUUAUCAACACUCUCAUCUCACUGUUAUGCGGCAUUAUUUGUAAUAAUGAACAAUACAAUAAGCCUAUAGACACUCAUGAUAGAGGGUUCAGCAAAGAUAUAUGUCGCAGUAUGGUUGCUAUGUUGGAUGUAGAUCACUCUGGAAAACUCGGCUUUGAAGAAUUCAAGACAUUGUGGAACGACAUUAGAAAGUGGAGGGCUGUAUUUAAAUUAUACGACAGAGAUGAAUCGGGAUAUCUAAGUGCAUUUGAAUUAAGACAAGCGUUAAAUAGUGCAGGAUACCGCUUGAAUAAUCACAUUCUUAACAUUUUGGUUCAUCGUUAUGGCAAUAAAGAUGGCAGGAUUACUUUUGAUGACUACAUAAUGUGUGCAGUCAGACUUAAAACAAUGAUUGACAUUUUCAGAGAGAGAGAUCCUGAUCAAACCAACACAGCUACAUUUACAAUGGAAGAAUGGAUAGAAAAAACGCUCUAUUCCUAAUAUAAAUUUAUAUUUACCAGAAUUUACUUUUAUUUUAAACAUGAGAAUUUUCCUGAUAAUAAUAGGUCUAUUCUUUAUAAUUGAACUAGUUGCCCUAGUGGUACUAGUUCAGAGUUUAUCUUUUUCUUUCCACAUUGGAGGAAGAAAGAUAAACUCUUAACUAGUGUAGAUAGUCGAGUUAUAAAGAACAGACCUAAUGUGACAAUCGUAAAUGGGAAACAUUUGUUGAUAUGGAAAGCAACGAAGAAAGUGCUUUUAGAUUACAAUGUAUUGGGAAAUAAUAUAUAUAUAAAAUAUUAUAAUUUACAUAUACAUACAUACAUACAUACAUACAUACAUAUAUAUAUAUAUAUGUGUAUAAAAUUCCUUUUUCUGUGUAUAUUGUAUACAUGUAUAUGUGUAAUGUGCACACAAGGCCUAUUAAUUUCGCUUCUUCAAACUGAUGUUAUUGAAGAAAACGUCCAUUUAAAGAUCUGCAGCAUAUAUAUUUAAAAAAAUAUUUUAUCUUUAUUUUUAUAUAUAUAUAUAUAUAUUUAUAUGUACACCUAUUUUGCAGUUUGCGAUUAUAUCAAUUUGCAUAUGUAGAAGAAUUAUAUGAUACUGUGUGACCUCAAUAUGUUCCACACAAUUUCAGCAUUACUAAAAUUUACAUUAUUCAUAUUUAAAAUACAUGUAAUUUAUUGAAACAAGCGUGUGUAUAAACUAAUCUAUAUAUUUAUGCAAAUUUUCAAUUUGAGUAACAUAUGAAACAGCAAUUAUAAUAUUUUAAUGAUUCCAUUUUUUUUUUUUGUAUAAAAUUAAUAGUGACAGCCAUAUAAUACAUACCUGUUAAAAUGAGUAUCCAUAAAUGCAUAUGUGUAUGGUCAAAUAUUGCAAAAUGCAAAAUCAUAAAUAUUAUAUUUUUUUAUCAACAUGUUGCAUCCAAUAUACUAAAUAAACUUUGUACUUAAGUAUUGUGUUCCUAUUAUUAUAUACGUUUUCAGACGUAGAACAGAAAAUUAUUAAAGAUGAUAAACAUGUUUGUGAUUAUAUAGUUUCUUUGGCCUGUUUGAGAAUAUUGAGAACUUUUUUUUUAUGAGAUUCGAAGCAUUCAGUUUUUGAAUAAUUAAUCUAUAAAUAAUUUAAUUUAUAUUUUUUUAAACAUAAAGGAAGAAAAGCGCCUUUAUAUGAGUCAAAUUGUAAAUGACAACUUGAUUGCACCAUUUCAAUUAAAUUUGAGAAUUAUGCGUGCGUACGUAUGUGCGCGCGAAAAAUAGUAAUUUCUAAUUUGCGAUAUUUUAGUUAUCCUUUAUGCGAAAUUAUUAUAAAAAAAUUAAAUACAUGCAAAAAAAAGAUAUCGAGACGCAAAUAGCUUUCCCCUAAAUAUUUUAUUAAAAUUUCUUACAAGAUCAUAGUUUAAAAAGAAUUAAAGAUCGAUAUUUCCUACAUUUUAAAAAUUUUCUCUUUGUAUUACAUCUUUUUAAGCGUUAAGUUUCUUAGCCCGUUUUUUUACAGUGAUAUUUUCAUCAUAUGUCAUCUUGUUUUGUAACAAAAUAUUUUAAUAAAUUAGAUUAAUUAUGAAACUUUCUAAAAGUCUAAGAACAGAUUUGUUUAAUAUGAUGUUGAUAAAGCAAGGGAUAUUCGGAAAUCAAUUUUUGGUAGGCUUGCAAAAGAAAAUAAAAACAAAAUAUUUUAUACACAAAAGUUACUUAUAUUGCAUAUAUACUAUUUUUCUUGAGUGUAAAUGGAAAGCAACUUCAUUCAGCCAACUCGUCAAGCUCAUCACAUCAGAAACGCCUCGUUUUUCGAAUGUGAAUUAUUGAUUUUAUUUCUUAUAGUUUUUAGUAUCAUCAAAAGUUGAGCAUUAAUAUAUACAUCAAUAUUUCUACUGUCGAUAUAUAUUUCUCACAUAAAAAUAAUAAAUAAAUAAUUUUAAAAUUUUAA